ACCGGGAGAGAGACUCAAAGCAAUGAGGCGAUUUCUGGCGUCGCUCGUCCUCGCGACAACACUGGUCGCUUGCGCGGCUGAUUGUCAACCGGGUUUGGAAGGACGUCAAGACUGGUACCGCUGCGAGGAUCUCACGAAUCUGCAGCUGCAGAUACCAACAGGAGCCGUCGGCAUCGACAUCAGGAACUCGAGCAUCGCGACGAUACCGUCGGACGCGUUCUCGAAAUACGGCGACACCCUGGAAGAGCUCAACAUCACCGGGUGCGGCGUGAGGGAGAUCCAGCCGAAUGCGUUCAGGGGUCUCGGCAAGUUGCGCGUGUUGGGCUUGGUGAACAACGAGAUCCGCGCGUUGGACGCGUCCUGGCUGCAGGAUCUGCCGCAGUUGAGCACGCUCGACGUCUGGCGCAAUCGAAUCUCCACGAUCGAUGCACGCCUGUACGACUUGCUGACGAAUCUGCAAUUCUGGGACAUCGCGCACAAUGAUCUGGUCGAUUGCCUGUCACCUGAGUCCCUGAAGAAGCUGACGCGACUCCGCAGGAUCUACAUCGCCGGCAAUCCGUGGUCUUACCGAUGCCGCGCUUCGAUGACGUGGUAUUUGGGCAGCAAUCACAUCCGCUUUGUCCAGGACUGGGGCGCCGGCGAUCUCUUGAUCGAGGAGUGCCUCGCUCACGAGCCGGACGCCGCCACCAGCGACGUCGCCCUGGCCAACUGCGUGCAACGCACGACCCCCUCCGCCAAUUUUCCCAAUGCGACGAUGAUCCAGUAUCUCGUGAGAAAGGUCAUGGAACUGGAAGCCGAUGUCGCCGCUUUGAAGAAGGCGAGGGACGUUGAUCUUCAGAACAGUCUGAAGGCGCAGCAAAUGUGAGACAAUGUUGGUCGAUGUGACAUUAUUUGUAUCAUGUGUGUGUGUGUGUGUGAACUUUUCAAUCUGUUUCAUAUUCAGUGAGUUUCAUAAUUAUAAUUGGUUAGGUAUGUUAAUAUAAACGUACCAAUCAGUGCGUACAGUUGUAUCUUUUUGAAGCGCAUUGUAAAAAUAUUUAAAACAUUAGGUUAAUUUUC